CAUUUCCAUAUUUUAUUUGUUCGAAUAAUUGGUGAAUUCAUUGUAAUUACAUUUAUUGUAUAGUGGGGAAAAAAAAUCACAUAAAAUGAGAAUGAAUUUGUAUUUUAUCAUUACGAUAAACUAUUUCACAUGUUUUACACACAUAUUUUAACUUCUUCGAAUGAGCUGGCCCAUCCGUCCGUUUUAAUCAUCAAGUGGCCCAAACCUCGAACACAAAAGCUGAUCUAACUGUUUAUGAUGACAUACUUUUUGGUUGGAGUUUAUUAAAUCCAAAGAUGGUAACCUUUUAAAUAAUGCGCUUUUGUUGUGACUAUAAGCUGCCCCAAACAAUUCAUGUCAAAAAAUAAAACAAACAAAUCAAUAAAAAAGUUGAUUCGAAAGUGGAAGUGACAUUUUGAGCCCGUGUAUAAAUGGGCUGCAGAAGUGACUGUGUUCAAAAUCAACGAUCUUCGCGGCGCCGAUCUCGCGGGAACUGGGGGAACGCGCCAAAGUAAGAAAACACAAGGCGUGUCCCUGUCAUCGGAGCAACGACGACGCAAGUUUCAAAUAGCUCCGCGUUUUGCCCCGGAAUUAACACCAACUCGGAGCUGGUAACUGCUUUUACUCGUCUGUGGUCAGCCAGCCAGCCAGCCAGCCCACCAAAUGGUGUUGCAAAAUAGCGGAAGAUUCAAAUCGGACCGGGAUAAAAGUGGAGACCAGGAGAACCAGGACGAUGGCUCCUCGAUGUCGGCCCUCAAGAGGCUGGAGCGCAGCCAGUUCACGGAUGAGAUGGACGCCCGCUUCGGCUUCGAGAGAAUGAAAGAACCCGGCGAAAAAACUGGCUGGCUGAUCAACAUGCAUCCUGCUGAGAUCCUGGAUGAAGACAAAAGGAUGAUCAGUGUGGUGGACUAUUAUUUUCUCCAGGAGGAUGGAAGGAGGUUUAAGGUUGCACUCCCCUUCAAGCCUUAUUUUUAUAUUUCCACAAAAAAGAACUGUGAAAGAGAAGUUAUCUCAUAUUUGUCAAGAAAGUUCCAAGGAAAAGUGUCCAAACUUGAAAUUCUCCCGAAAGAGGAUCUGGAUCUGCCCAACCACCUGGUUGGACUGAAACGAGGCUACAUUAAGCUGUCGUUCAACACCGUGGACGACCUCAUCAAGGUCAAGCGGGAGAUUUCGCCGGCAGUGCGCAAAAACAGAGAAAGAGAGCAGUCGAAUGAUGUCUACACGUCAAUGUUAUCGAGCGCUCUGUCGGGCGGGAACGUGAGUUCGGCACAGGAAGAUGGGCUGUCCAAGAGUAUUUCCGACCAACUCGACAACAUCGUGGACAUGCGGGAGUAUGACGUGCCCUACCACGUGCGCGUGUCCAUUGACCUAAAGAUCCACGUGGCUCACUGGUACAAUGUUCGAUACAGAAGCGGUGCUCACCCACCAGAGAUCGUCCGCAGGGAUGAUCUUGUCGAACGACCCGACCCUGUUGUUUUGGCCUUUGACAUCGAGACCACCAAACUUCCACUGAAAUUCCCCGAUGCAGAGACCGAUCAGAUAAUGAUGAUCUCGUACAUGAUCGAUGGACAGGGGUUUCUAAUCACAAACCGAGAGAUUGUCUCUGAGAACAUCGAAGACUUUGAGUUCACACCCAAACCUGAAUAUGAAGGUCCUUUCGCUGUUUUCAAUGAGGAUGAUGAGGUGGCACUCAUUCAGAGGUUCUUUGGUCACAUUCAAGAGACGAAGCCCAACAUCUUUGUCACCUAUAACGGAGACUUUUUCGAUUGGCCUUUUGUUGAGGCACGGGCUUCCGUGCACGGACUGAGCGUGCACAGGGAGAUCGGUUUCCAGAAGGACAGCCAAGGAGAGUACAAGUCCAGUCAGGCCAUCCACAUGGACAGUUUUAGGUGGGUUAAGAGAGACAGCUACCUGCCGGUGGGAAGCCAUAACCUGAAAGCCGCAGCCAAGGCUAAACUGGGCUAUGACCCCGUGGAGCUGGACCCGGAGGAGAUGUGCCGCAUGGCGACCGAGGAACCGCAGACAUUAGCCACCUACUCCGUGUCGGAUGCUGUGGCCACAUACUACCUCUACAUGAAAUAUGUUCACCCCUUCAUCUUUGCUCUGUGCACCAUCAUCCCUAUGGAGCCCGAUGAGGUGCUGCGUAAAGGCUCGGGGACUCUAUGUGAAGCUCUGCUCAUGGUGCAGGCCUUCCACGCCAACGUCGUCUUCCCCAACAAGCAGGAGCAAGUCUUCAACAAGCUGACGGACGACGGCCACGUCUUGGACUCCGAGACUUACGUGGGCGGGCACGUGGAGGCGCUGGAGUCCGGAGUGUUUCGAAGUGACAUUCCGUGCCGUUUCAAAAUGAAUCCAGCUGCUUUUGACUUCCUAUGCCAGAGAGUCGAGCAAACGAUGCGGCAUGCCAUUGAGGAAGAGGAGAAAAUCCCCCUUGAGCAAGUCACCAACUUUAAUGAAGUCUGUGACGACAUCAAAAAAAAGCUGACUUCCCUGAAAGAGGUUCCAAACAGGAUUGAGUGUCCCCUCAUAUACCAUCUUGAUGUUGGAGCCAUGUACCCCAACAUCAUCCUCACCAAUCGUCUACAGCCGUCCGCAAUGGUAGACGAAGCCACUUGUGCUGCCUGUGACUUCAAUAGACCGGGCGCCACCUGUCAAAGGAGAAUGGCUUGGCACUGGAGAGGCCAAAUCAUGCCCGCCGGCCGUAGUGAGUUCCACCGCAUCCAGCAGCAACUGGAGUCCGAGAAGUUCCCCCCGUUCUUCCCCAAUGGUCCGCCUCGGGCCUUCCACACGCUCAACCGGGAGGAACAGGCUAAGCAUGAGAAAAAACGUCUUGCAGACUACUGCAAGAAAGCCUAUAAGAAGACGCACGUCACCAAGCUGGAGGAGCGAGUCACCACCAUCUGUCAGAGAGAACACUCCUUCUACGUGGAUACCGUUCGAGCUUUCAGGGAUCGGCGAUACGAGUUCAAAGGCCUCCACAAGGUGUGGAAGAAAAAACUGUCGGCAGCUCAGGAAAGCGGAGACGCUGCCGAAGUCAAGCGCUGCAAGAACAUGGAGAUCCUGUACGAGUCUCUUCAGCUGGCUCACAAGUGCAUCCUAAACUCCUUUUACGGCUACGUCAUGAGAAAAGGGGCUCGCUGGUACUCGAUGGAGAUGGCCGGGAUUGUGUGCUACACUGGCGCCGAUAUCAUCACUCAGGCAAGAGAACUCAUCGAACAAAUAGGGAGGCCGCUCGAGUUGGAUACUGACGGUAUCUGGUGCGUCCUCCCCAACACUUUCCCGGAGAACUUUGUAGUGAAGACUAGUAACGAGAAGAAGCUCAAGGUGACCAUCUCCUACCCCGGCGCCAUGCUGAACAUCCUGGUGAAGGAGGGCUUCACCAACGACCAGUAUCACGAGCUGGCCGACCCGGCGUCGCUCACGUACAGUGUCAGGGCGGAGAACAGCAUCUUCUUCGAAGUGGACGGGCCGUACCUAGCCAUGAUUCUGCCCGCCUCCAAAGAAGAAGGGAAGAAGUUAAAGAAAAGGUACGCCGUAUUCAAUGAGGAUGGCUCUCUGGCUGAGCUGAAGGGUUUUGAAGUGAAGAGAAGAGGGGAGCUGCAGCUCAUUAAGAUCUUCCAGUCUUCCGUGUUUGAGGCUUUCCUCAAAGGAACCACCCUCGAGGAGGUCUAUGCCUCUGUCGCCAAAGUGGCGGACUAUUGGCUGGAUGUGCUGUACAGCAAGGCGGCCAACAUGCCGGACGCUGAGCUUUUUGACCUCAUAUCAGAGAAUCGCUCCAUGUCUAAAAAGUUGGAGGACUACGGAGAGCAAAAGUCCACUUCCAUUAGCACAGCAAAGAGACUGGCAGAGUUCCUGGGAGACCAAAUGGUGAAAGAUGCCGGUCUGAGCUGUCGUUACGUUAUCUCACGAAAGCCGGAAGGAUCUCCUGUCACAGAGAGAGCCAUUCCUUUAGCCAUCUUCCAAGCCGAGCCGAGCGUGAGCAAACAUUUCCUGCGCAAAUGGCUGAAGAUGCCCAGCCUGCGGGACUUUGACAUCCGCUUGAUCCUUGAUUGGAGUUACUACAUAGAGAGGCUAGGGAGUGCAAUCCAGAAAAUUAUCACCAUCCCUGCAGCUCUUCAACAGGUGAAGAAUCCAGUUCCCCGAGUUCGGCAUCCCGACUGGCUUCACAAGAAACUUCUGGAGAAAAACGAUAUCUACAAGCAAAAGAAAAUCAGCGAGCUGUUCACCAGCGAGGGCAAGAGACGGGUGGCUCCGGUUCCCGAUAUGGAGGACUUUGGGCUGCCGGCUCGGCGUCUGCAGCCGGCCAUCCCCAUCAGUACCAAGAGGCAGAGAGCUUCUCAGGGGGAGGACAGCCAGGUCGAGUCUCAGGAUCUGGAGCUCACCCAGUCGUGGAGAGAGGUCUUGGGACCGCCGCCGGCAACGGGCGAGACGAAGGAGGAGCGUCUUGCGUGGUUGCGUUACCACAAGAAAAAGUGGGAGCUGCAGAUGAGGCAGAGGAAGGAGAGAAAGAAGAGGAGGAGACUGUUGGACGGGGAAGCUCAGCCUGUAGGCGGAGGCGUGGUCAGGGAUGGCCCCACCACAGGCCUGGGAACUUUCCUCCGCAAAACUGCUCGCAGCAUCCUGGACAUGCCCUGGCAAAUAGUGCAGAUUGCAGAAACGAGCCACCCUGGACUGUUCAAGUUAUGGGCUGUGAUUGGAAAUGACCUCCACUGCAUGAAGCUCAACAUCCCUCGCAUCUUUUAUGUCAACCAAAAAGUCCCAAAGCAAGAUGAGGGACCAACAUACAAAAAGGUCAAUCGCGUGCUCCCUCGCUCCAACGCGGUGUACUACCUUUAUGAGUACCGUGUGCCUGAGGACAUGUACCAGGAGCACAUCAACGAGAUCAACGCUGACCUCUCGGCUCCCGACAUCGAAGGGGUCUAUGAAACACAGGUACCGCUACUGUUUCGUGCACUAGUGCAGCUCGGAUCUGUGUGUACGGUCAAUAAGCGUGUUGGGAGGGAUCUGGCCGGCAGGGAGGCAGACACUUUUGAUCUGGAGCAUCUGGACAUGAGGUCCCUGGCCCAGUUCAGCUAUUUGGAGCCAGGGAGUGUUCGCCACAUGUACCUUUACCAUCACAGUCAGGGCCACAAGGCCCUGUUUGGCCUUUUUAUCCCUUCUCAGCGCAAAGCCAACAUCUUUGUUCUGGACACUGUGCGAAGCAACCAGAUGCCCAACCUCAGUAACGUUUACACCGCUGAGCGCGCUGCCCUGUUGGAAAAAACCACAGAGGACCUUCUGCCGCCAGAAAAACACAAUUUUGAAGUUCGGGCUGAAAACGAUGUCAAGGCCAUCUACCGUGCACUGCAGCGCACACUUCUAAGCUACAAGGAGGAGCGCCGGGGUCCGACCCUCAUCGCAGUGCAGUCCAACUGGGAGUUGCGACGACUGGCUACAGGGAUGCCAGUUCUGGACGAAUUCCCGGUCGUGCCGGCGCAUGUUAUUGAUGAAGUCAAUUACAACGUGCUGGACUGGCAGCGGCACGGAGCCCGGCGCAUGAUCCGCCACUAUCUGAACCUGGACAGCUAUCUGUCACAAGCUUUUGAUAUGGCUCGGUAUUUCCACUUACCUGUGGGAAACCUGCCCCGAGAUGUGUCCAUCUUUGGUUCUGACUUGUUCCUUGCCAGACAUUUGCGAAAACACAACCACCUGCUAUGGCUGUCCCCCACAGCGAGGCCAGAUCUGGGGGGCAAAGAGUUUGACGACAGCCGCCUGGUAAUGGAAAGUGAUGAGCGGGGCUCCGUUGAGAUUAAUGCGCAAGGAUGCUACCCCACAGUGUGUGUGGAGCUGGACCUGCAGAGCUUGGCUGUGAACACCAUCCUCCAGUCGCAGCAUGUCAAUGACAUGGAAGGAGGAGCCAGUCUGGGUGUCAGUUUCGAUGUGAUCCAGCAGGCGUCUUUGGAGGACAUGAUGUCAGGAAACCAAGGAGCGAGCUCACUAGCGAGCUACGACGAGACUGCCCUCUGCUCCAACACCUUCAGGAUCUUGAAGAGCAUGGUGGUGGGCUGGGUCCGAGAGAUCACCCAGUACCACAACGUGUAUGCAGACAACCAGGUGAUGCACUUCUACCGCUGGCUGCACUCUCCCAGCUCGCUCCUCUAUGACCCCGCUCUUCACCGCACCUUGCACAACAUGAUGAAGAAGGUCUUUCUGCAGUUGAUAGCAGAGUUCAAGCGUCUAGGCUCCACUGUGGUGUACGGGAACUUCAACAGGAUCAUCUUGUGCACUAAAAAACGGAGGCUAGAUGAUGCCAUCGGAUAUGUUGAAUACAUCACAAAUAGCAUACAUUCCAGAGAAAUAUUCCAUUCUUUGUCCAUCUCGUUCUCCCGGUGUUGGGAGUUUCUACUGUGGAUGGACCCGGCUAACAAUGGCGGCGUGAAGGGCAAACUUCCCUCCAGCAUCCUGUAUGGCGAGGAAGGAGACAAAGCAAAGAAAAACACAGAGGGAGAUGAAGACGGCAGUGACGAUGAAGCGGAAGAUGAAGCAAAUGCUCGGGGAGAUGAGGACGACGCGGGGACGGACGACGUGGAGGACUUGAUCGAGAGCAAUUGGAAUAUCGUGCAGUAUCUGCCCCAAAGUGCCUCCUGCCAGAACUACUUCCUGAUGAUCGUGUCGGCUUACAUUGCAGCAGUUUACCAGAGCAUGAAAGAAGAGCUGAGACGCAACACACCCGGUGCAACGCCAGUCAAGCGACGUAGCUGCAGCCAGAUUUCUCAGCAGGCAGUCGGGAACUUGAGCGCUCUUCCUGGAAUGAUCUCUUUCUCCCAGGAGUAUGUGUCCAGCGAGCUAACACAGAACAUUUUUACUAUUACACAAAAAAUCCAAAAGAAGGUGACUGGCACCAGAAAUGUGUCCGAGCCCUCGGAAAUGUUCCCGGUCUUGCCAGGCUCACACUUGCCACUGAACAACCCAGCUCUGGAGUUCAUCAAAUAUGUCUGCCAGGUCCUCUCAUUAGAUAGCAACAUUGUGAACCAGGUGAACAAGCUUAAGCGGGACCUUCUGCGGCUUGUGGACGUGGGGGAGUUCUCGGAAGAAGCCCGUUUUCGCGACCCAUGCAUCUCCUAUAUACUGCCUGAAGUUAUAUGCCACAACUGCAAUUUCUGCCGUGACCUCGACCUUUGCAAAGACCCGUCUGUGGCACAUGAUGGCGCCGUCUUGCCACAGUGGUUUUGCUCCAACUGCCAAGCUCAGUAUGAGACCGAGUCUAUUGAGAUGGCUUUGGUGGAGGCCCUGCAGAAGAAACUGAUGAGUUACACAUUGCAGGACCUUGUGUGUACCAAAUGUAAGGGAGUGAAGCAAGCAAACAUGCCGCUCUACUGUACAUGUGCCGGAGACUUUCAACUCCAUUUCCCAGCUAAGAACUUCUCAGAGCAGGUCACAGUGUUUCGGAACAUUGCUUCCCACUACAAAAUGAGCUUCCUGGAGGAGACCAUUGACUGGCUGAUGAUGAUGAGUCCACAGAUGAGCCCGAAUGCGCCUUAAAGGCAAACCUGAGGUUCAUCACUAUUUGUCACAUUAGGACGACUUGUUCAUCCACCUUGGUGAAUGUUGUGUGUGCGUCACCACGCCGUGUGCGCAUUGUGUGCACUUGUAUGGCUGAGUGCAGUUUAUGUGGACUGUAGAUAUGCUUAAAUUCUGUGUUGGGAGUUUUGAAAUGUAUGCGUACAGAUUAAAAUGUUGACUGUCAAUAAAUACU